AUGGCUUCCAGGGCACGACCGGUGACUUUAUUGCGCAAUCGCCUCGGCUCCUGCUCUGUACCGGGUAGGUUGCGUGGCCUGGCUACUGUUUCAGAUGGCGCGCAACCUUACGACGUCGUUGUCAUCGGAGGAGGACACGCCGGAUCGGAAGCAUGCGCCGCUUCCGCGCGUUCUGGGGCGCGCACCGCAUUGGUGACGCCCUCUUUAUCGAAUAUCGGCGUCUGCUCGUGUAAUCCCAGUUUCGGCGGAAUCGGCAAGGGAACCAUGAUUCGGGAAGUCGAUGCGAUGGAUGGCGUUGCAGGACGAAUUAUCGACAAAGCUGGUAUCAUGUUCCGAGUUCUCAAUCGCUCAAAGGGCCCAGCUGUUUGGGGACCUCGUGCGCAAAUCGACCGCGAUUUGUAUAGAAAACAUAUGACGGAAGAAUUAGUGAAUACCCAGGGCCUCAGUAUUCUCGAGGGCAAAGUGGCCGAUAUUGUUAUCUCGAAAGAAGGCAUGGAAAAUAUACCUGGUGCACAGGGCAAAAUUGUUGGUGUGCGAUUGGAGUCGGGUGAAGUCAUUCCAACAGGCAGGGUGGUCAUCACCACUGGCACUUUUUUGGGCGGUGAGAUUCACAUCGGAUUGGAGAGUUUCCCUUCAGGACGGAUGGGCGAAGCUCCAACUUAUGGUCUGAGCAAGUCCCUUCGUGAGGCAGGCUUUCAGUUGGGUCGCUUGAAGACUGGAACACCUCCUCGGCUGGAUAUGAAGACAAUCGACUUCUCGGCUUUGGAGGUCCAACGGGGCGACUCGCCCCCCAUGCCAUUUUCUUACCUCAACAAAACCGUCGAGGUCGGCGAUGAGGGACAGCUUACGUGCUGGAUGACGCAUACCAACGAGGAAUCACACGAAAUCAUCCGCGCAAACUUCGACAAGUCAAUCCAUAUCAGAGAGACGGUUCGCGGGCCACGAUACUGUCCAUCCUUGGAAUCAAAGAUCAUGCGAUUCAAGGACAAGACUCGGCAUCAGAUUUGGCUUGAGCCCGAGGGAUUUGCACCUAAUGAAGUGAUCUAUCCUAAUGGCAUUUCAAUGACCGUUCCUGCAGAUGCGCAAUACGCAAUGCUGCGGACUGUCCGUGGCUUAGAGAACGUCACCAUGCUUCAACCCGGUUACGGCGUGGAAUAUGACUACAUUGACCCACGAAAUCUACAGGCCACUCUGGAGACAAAAUUAAUCAGCGGUCUUUAUCUCGCGGGCCAGAUCAACGGUACUACCGGUUACGAAGAAGCGGCUGGGCAGGGCAUAAUUGCUGGCAUGAACGCUGGUCUGGCAUCACAGAGCCGAGCUCCUUUGACUCUUACUCGUUCAGACGGUUUUAUCGGUAUCAUGAUUGACGAUCUCAUCACCAAGGGUGUCUCUGAGCCCUAUCGCAUGUUCACCACCCGCAGUGAAUACCGCAUCUCCACGCGAUCUGACAAUGCGGACUUGCGCUUGACACGGAUGGCUCGCGAUGCCGGUGUUGUCGGCGACCAGCGCUGGCGCCAUUUCACCGACACUGAAGCGCAGAUCCUCGAACUACAGUCCCUCCUCGAGAAAACCAGUUUAUCAUCGACGAUCUGGUCUCGCAAGGGCUUCAAAGUGCGAGCAGACACCUCCGUCCGUUCCGCUCUCGACAUCCUGUGUCUUGACGGUGCCGACAUCAACGCACUAAUCCCUCAUAUUGAGGCUACACACGGAAAUACAUAUACACCUCUAUCGUUCGAUCCCGAAAUCCGCACCCGCGUGGCGAUUGAAGGACGCUAUGCUCCAUACCUCAAGCGCCAGGAGAAGAUGGCCAAGCGGUUUCAGCAAGAUGAGAACCUCCUUCUGCCCACCGACAUCGACUACAGCCAAAUCUUUGGCAUAAGCAACGAGGAAAAGCAGGCGCUCGAGCGUGUCCGGCCAUCCAGCGUUGGUAUGGCGAGACGUAUUGAGGGUGUUACGCCUGCUGGUGCGCUUCGACUCCUGAUGCAUGUGCGCAAGCGCAGCGGCUUCACCAAGGAAAUUGCCGAAGAUGAUGCCGCUGUUGCCAAGGUCCUAUCCUCGUCGCCUUGA